AUGGAGAGGGCCCGCAAGAUGAGGAUAGCUGCAAAGCUUCCUCACGAUCUUUGGAAAGAGACCGUGGAAGCGGCCUGUUAUUUGAAAAACAGGACCCCACGGAAUCCAAAACUGUGGAUGACCCCUUUGGAGCUAUUUACAAAAAAGAAGGAACCCGACCACAACCAGCAUGCAACUCUUCAGGCAACCUUCUUCGACGGCAAGCUCGAGCAACCACCGCUGCUUGCAAAUAUCGACGAGCUAGUCGAAAAUGUCUCUAUUCCAGAGGAUCAGCAAGUAAAUCAGGAAAUCCUUGAUGAAGAAUCCGAGUCUGAGGAAGAAGACCUCUUUGAAGAAGAAUCUGACGAGGAGGAGGCACAAGACCAAGAAAAAGCCAACGAGGAACUCUUGCUAACGCCGCCGCCCUCUGAAGAUGAAUUUCAAGCCGUUCUAUCAGUAUUUCUUCCUGUCGCUACCCCUGAGGGGUGGGAGAAAUCUGCGUUAAUAAAUCCUUCGGUUUCGACUCCUAAGAAGAAAAGAAAGAUCAGGAAUAUGCUCCAUGGAACCUUCAAUGCUGGACGAAUCUUCAAGCCAAAGACACAAAGGCCGCAUAAGAAGAACCUACCCGAACCGCCAGAGACACAGAAGCAGCUCGAAAGGCACCCUUAUAAAGAGGAAUUCAUCAAAGCUCAGAAAGACCACCUUGCCUCACACGAGGAGAUGGGGUCCUUUCUCGAGGUUCCUUGGAAGAGGGCUGCCGGCAAGCAAAUUCUAGGCUGCAAGUGGGUCUUUAUUUACAAGACAGACAAGCACGGGAUCCUUCAAAAGUGCAAAGCUCGUCUCGUGGUCUGCGGCAACCAGCAGGAAAGGGGACCUUCCUACCCGGGCUACGACCUUAGCCGGGAUGUCGUUCAGGGCCCUAAUGGCGAUUUCGGCAGAAUUCGACCUCGAGCUUGA